AUGGGAAAGGCCUUGAGCAAAGGAACGCUCUCGAUUGGUGCAGAAGCCCUCUUGUCUGCUGUAUCCGCUGAUCUAGACAGCACACACCGCAGAUCGCCUACUACCUUCGCAGGCUCAGCUGAUGUUCAUCUCGGUCUAUCAGGUGACCCAAGUAUCAAGCCUAAUGUGCCUGUUUGGAUCAGUCCACAUGGAUAUCCUCAAGUCUGCGAAAAUUCUUCUACUCCAGCUGCAUUUGCUCGCGCUUCGGAGUGGCUCUCCUAUUGCGUGGAGCACGAUGGGUAUUGCAAGCCGCCCAAUCCCAAGGACUUUUGGCCGAGACGUUUGGUCAAUGUCAACCUCGGAGACGAAGCAAAAGAUCCCUUCUUAGUGGAGCCCACUGAGCCGAUGACAUAUGCGUGCUUGAGCUACUGCUGGGGACCCAACGCGGACAAAGUUCUUCGCACGACCAAAGACAAUAUCGAAGAACAUUUUUCUGCCAUUCCUUUCGACCGCAUACCGAAGAGUGUGCAAGAUGCUGUCAAAGUUUGCAGACGCCUGAACAUUCCUUAUCUUUGGGUAGAUUCGCUGUGCAUCCUUCAACAUGAUGACAAUGAGUGGUUUGUCGCCUCGGCCGAAAUGGACCGCACGUAUUUCAACUCCCACCUGACCAUUGCCGCACUGGAGCCAGCAAGUUGCGAAUCAGGCUUCCUCGGUCAGCAGGAUUUUAGCACUCCAGGACGGCGGCCAGAUUUUGAGAAGCUCAAGAGCGGUAAUCAAUGGAUAGAAGGCGAUUUCUCAUUGAAUAGCCGAGGUUGGUGCCUGCAGGAAGAGAUACUCCCCAAUCGACGCCUCUGUUUCAAUGGGGCGGAGAUGAGCUGGGAGUGUCUAUGUCGUAAAAUAUGUGAGUGUGGGCAUCAACUCUGGCCUUCUCGGAACAGGCGUAAUCUUUCGGAUGAGUUCAACUUUGCCGAGCUCGGUGGUUUCCUAAAGAAUCAGAACUUGACAGUGACACUCAAGCAGAGAGCAAAGGCAGAAAAUGCGUUGGACGGCGGCCCAGAUCGAAAGCUUUUAUGGCUACUGGGUACCCAUUAUGAUCAAUAUGCUUCGACAACCAUGUCCAAAACACGCGAGGUGUGGCGGCAGUUGGUCACCAGAUACUCCCGACGCACUCUCUCUUAUCGCCGCGACAAACUGGCCGCGGUGGCAGGACUGGCCGGAAUGACCCUUCAUGCAUUAUACCGGGAAACACUAUACCGGGAAGACAAUUGCGAGGAAUAUCUGGCCGGGCUUUGGAAAAAGGAACUUCAUUUCGACCUGGCUUGGUAUAUCGAUAUCCCCGUUGCACGGUUGCCUGACCCGGUCGAUCGUGACGACGUACAUGGGGCAUCUUGUGCUCCAUCUUGGUCCUGGGCCUCUUCAGAUACGCCUGUUCUGUACUCAUGCACCAGGUCAUAUUGGGGUUGGAGUGAAACCCCGCGCGUCUGGGAGAGAUGUGAGGUCAUAGAAACAGAAUGUCAUUACAGCCGCUACCGAUGCAUGCACCUCUGUGGUUGGAACAAGUGA